GGUAUUAAUAUGUGAACACGCGUACGUUUAUUAAUGUAUUGUGUUUUCCACAUUUUAUAACAAAAUAACCAGAUACAAUUAAAUUAUUCACAAUAUUUUGUAAGAUCAAAAAUAAAUUCUUUUCGCUAUGGCUGAUAUGAUUGAAGUAUCAACAGCAACUCCGGCGGAGUUACUUGGUGCUGGUCGACGCCACUUGGCUGUUAGAGACUUUCAUUCGGCUGCUGAAGUACUGGCCAAAGCUUGUGAACUGUUGGCUAAAGAACAUGGUGACACGGCGGACCAGUGUGCUGAGGCAUAUUUAUGGUAUGGCCAAGCACUAUUAGGUUUGUCCAGGGACGAAAGUGGAGUUUUGGGAGAUGGUAUGCCAGGAUCAGGCAAUGUUGAUGAUGACGAUGAAGAACAAGGUGAUGAUGACAACAAUGACAAUGAACAAACAGAACAAAGCUGCGAACCUGAAAAGAGUAAAACUGAACACAACGAGGCUGAAUCUACUUCGAUGGAGGCUGAUACAUCAACAAAGGAAGCUGAGUCGAAACCGGCACAAUCUACAACUAGUGAUGCACCGGGUGCAAGUUCAGAGGUCACUGAUAAUGCUGAACCUAGCACAAGCAAUGAUGAUGCUAAUGAUGAAUCUGUCGUAAAUAUGGAUAGUGAAGAUGAUGUCGACAAUUUACAGCUUGCUUGGGAAAUGCUUGACCUGGCCCGCAGUAUACUGUCGCGGCGCGCGGCGGGCGGGGGCGAGGGCGCGGGGGGCGGCGCGGCGGCGCGGGCGCUGCUCGCCGACACGCACCUCGCGCUCGGGGAGGUCGCCCUCGAGAGCGAAACGUACGAUAAAGCUGUUCUUGAUAUGCAGAGCUGCUUGGAGAUCCAGAAGGAAUUGUAUCACAGCGACGACCGGCGUAUUGCUGAAACACAUUAUCAAAUUGGGCUGGCUAAUUCCCUCGCUUCAAACUUCGAAGACGCGGUCACUCACUUCAAGAACGCCGCCAAUAUACUCGAAACCAGAAUAAAGACUCUCGAGGGUCCAACCGCGGCCACGGACGACGCCACCGUCAAGAAGUACUCGUCAGCGGACCCGCUCUAUACAAUCGAAGGGGAGAUCAAGGAAUUGAAGGAACUUCUGCCGGAGAUCCAAGAGAAAAUUCAAGACAUGAUGGAUUAUAAAGCGGAGACAAUAAAACGGGUACGCGAAACCCUGUGCCCGUCGAACGGCGAGAGCUCUACACAAAAUGGCGCCGGCUCUAGCGCGUCUCAGCCGCGACCGGCCGCCUCCGACAUCUCCCAUCUCAUCAAGAGGAAGCGGAAGGCCAGCAACGAACCCGAGGCGUCUCCCGCGAAGAAGAUGAACACGUGAACGCGCAUCUACCGUUGUAUGGGUCUCACCGUUACUUGGACUGAACAGAAUCAAACGUGUUUGGAAUUGAUGUGGACUCUAAUUUUUUUUUUUUAUAAAUUCGUAGCGAACUCCGACCACGUUCCGCCUUCGAAUCUACUCGCGCGCCACCUGUCGCCAAUUGCAUGUACUAUGACCAAAUCUUAAAGGGUGGUAUCAUUGUAAAUAGUUUCAACUCGAGCAGAUAAGCGACGUUUGUUGAUGUUUGCAAGGACCAAACCUUCUUCGAUAUUGGACUUCAUACAAAAAAAAAAUAUUGGCCCUUUAAAUCGAAUUAGAAUCAGUUAACGUUAACGACCCAGACAAUGAUAAAGAGUACAAAACAAUGAUGUCGAAACACAGCAAAAGUAGAAAAAAAUUAUUAAAGAAAAAAUCAUUGAAAUUUUACAGCAUUUGCCUUCCACAUAUUAUACGUCUUUGGCCAUUUUUGUAUCUAACAAAAAAAAAAUGAUUUCCAAAAUGUUGAAACUUUAAAGUAAAAAAAUGAUGAACUAGAAUUAUGGCUAAAAUUGCUUUGGUUAAUAUGAAUGCGGACGUAAUAACGUAUGUUUUUUUAGACUUUAAGUGUACUAUUAUAAUAAAUUAGGCUUCGUAAGACUAUAGUUCGUAUAAUUGACUGUUAGAGACGAUACGUUAUAUUUAUUCAACAUCCACAAAACGUUAAGUGUUCACAAGUGCUCACGAUCAGUUGGUAAUUGUUGUUGUAUUGGUAAUGAUAAGAAUACUUAAGGUCUGAUUCGCUUCUGUUGUCUGAAUUGUGAGUUUAGGAUUUAAUCUCACUAUUAAAUGAAAUCGAAUGAUAAAAAAUACGACAAAAAACUUACAAUUCGAUAAUUACAUUGAUUAAUUGAUUGAUAAAGUAUACGUAAAUGUGAUAAGAAACUUUGUUGAUUAAAUAUGAUAACAGCGACUGAAGAUAUAUAUUUCAAAUUAUUUUUUUAAUAUCACGAUGAUUCAUGAUAAGCAACGAUAACAUUAUUAUUAUUAUCUAUGGCUAGCUGAUUCAUAGUAAAAUAAAAUUGUCAGAUGACGCUGAAUAAAAAAAAUCGCUCAAUAAAUAAAUUGUGUUAAUAGUGCUACCCAUGGACAUCAGCAAGGUCCUCUCGCAGGUCCAUUUGCGGGUUUGUCGGCAGUUUGUAUGUAAUCAGAUCGUGGCCGUGCCAUUGUUUUAAAAAAUCCUUUCAGCUAAGGAUAAAUAAUAGUUUCAAAAGCUACACCCUGUAUAAGGAUUCAAUGCAUCCUAGUUUGAGGUUUUUAUAUCGGAUUAGGUAGGUAGUAAAUUCGAUAAUGUAAUUUACACAUUACAUAUAUCAGAUUUAUUUGUACAGCUGCCUGACUUUAUUAUAACUGUGUUAUAAUGUUAGUUAUUCCAAUGACUUUGACCUCAUUCCGGAGACUAGUUAGAUAUUUCUGUUGUAAUGUCUCCGGUAACCACUUAAAGAGAAAGGGAGUGCUCAUCUGACUAAAAAAAAAACCAUAUCGACGCUUGA